AUGGCCUCCACCGAGGACGAUCCCGUCAUUGCCUCCUACGACGUUUUCCUCACUGACUCCGAGGUCUCUCGAUACGUCUUCCAAUACCUCGACCGCCCGCAAUCCAAGCCAUACAAUGAAAGAAAGGGCCAAAAACCGACCGUCAUGCGCAUGAAACCCGACUCGGGUCUGGUAGAGCUUGAAGUGCCCAUCUUUACCCGAUGCACCUACGAUGUGGAGAAGGGUAUUCGAUACGGCGACGCCAUGAAGAAGGGCCGCUUUGCACGCAAUGGUGGAGCUUACGGCAUGGCUGGUGGCUUCAGUACCGGUGGAAUCCCUGGCGGCGGAGGUCGGAUCAAGGCAGAGGGCAAUGAAGACAUUGAAGUGCUGGACAACAAGAAGACCAUGGACCCAUCUGCGCUACUGAGGACACAGGCACUAGGUGGGCGUAUCAAGCCUGCAGAGGAGGGUGAUCCAGUCUAUAUGCUGGCUACAUUCAAAGGAAAAAACCUCCACCUAUCACCCGUCUCCGCCGUGGUUCAAUUACAGCCCCAGGUUCAUCAUCUCGACGCAAUGGAUGAAUUGCCCAAGGGAAGAGGCGCGAAGGGCAAGAAGGAAGAUGAAGAACGUCCCGCCGAGCCCGAGGCACGCGCUAUCGACGUGAAGGUCAAGGGUGCGGAAGACGGAGGCGCCAUGCUUCACGGAAACCUGGAUCUCCUCAAGAAAAUGCAAGAAGAACAGUGGAAGAAAUUCGAAUGGAUCGAUGCAGAGACCGAGGAUUCAUGGUACACUUAUGAAAACUACAUGAUGAGCCAGAAGCCUGACGAUCUUCCCCAAUUGAAGGCUACCAUUAACAGUGAGGACUAUUUGGAUGGCAUGAGUGCUCCACGGAUUGAUCCUGCCCGGCCUGAAUUGACUGGAUGGGCGAUGAAACAAAACCGGCAAAAACAGAUGGAAGGGCCGUCAGAUAGCGAGGACGAAAGCUGA